AUGCAGCCUCACUAUCGGGGGACCAACCCGGGCUACGAACUUCCUCCCGUGCAAUCAGUGACGUCGGGCGCAUUCCCGGCCCCCGCCGCUUUGCUCUCCGCUCCCCCGACAAGACCCAACAGCGGCAUGCAAAUGGCUCAUCUACUCCAACCCAUGCCACAGCAACUGGCCGCCCCGGCGACAUCUCCAUAUCAACGCUUCUACGAUUCGGCCUCGGGCUCCCCCGCCGACAGUGGCGCCUUGCCUGAUGCGCCGCCAGUAGGCUCCGCCCCGGGUGGUCUCUACCAGACCAGCCCCGUCGGUCAUGGCCAACCGACCCCCGCGCAGUUACAGCAGAAGCGCGCAUAUCGCCAACGUAGGAAGGAUCCGAGUUGCGAUGCCUGUCGCGAACGCAAAGUCAAGUGCGACGCUUCCGAGUCGACCAGCUGCACCGAAUGUAAUAAUCGCAGGGUUCGCUGUCAGUUCACCAAGGAGACCAAUCGUCGCAUGUCCUCCAUCAAGCAGGUGCAGGACCUGGAGAAGCAGUUGCAGAAUACCAAACAGCAGUUACAACACUUGCAGACGGGUAUGAUGCGACCGGAUCGUGUCAUGGAUGUGGAUGAAGCCGUGGCGCAGCCGAUGAUUAAAUUACCUGAGAUCGAGUACCGUCCUGUGCAUAGGUCGAAAACGCCAAUUGCUCAGGAUUUCUCCGAGGUCCGUUCUAACCUCCGCCACUAUGGUCGUGGCAUCUUGAAAGUGCCGACCCCUUACCGCGCGCAGGGCGCAGAGUCACUGGUGACGGGUAAUGCGCCGGAGCUGCCACCAAAGCGGUUAGCCGACCACCUGGUGGCGCAAUAUUUCAACUGCGUUCACUCGGUGCUUCCGAUGCUUCACUGGCCUACAUUCACCGCGGAAUAUGAGAAUGUUUACCGCGCGGGGACAUUGCUCGGGGUCUCGACUGAGUGGGCGGCUGUUCUUUAUGGAGUGUUCGCCUGCGGUGCUAUCCACACGGCGGAGCCUAAUCGCGAAGAAGAAGGCAAGAGAUACGUUCGCACAUCUUGCGGGAUCAUCGAUGUCUGGCAUGACAACUUUAAUCUGGACCGGGCCCGGGCGGCAUUACUGGUCAGCAUCUUUCUCUACGAGGUCAAUUCGAAGUCGGCCAGCUGGGUGUGGAUCGGUUCGGCCGUGCGCGUCGCUCAGGAGAUUGGACUGCAUCUCGACUCUGGGCCCUGGCCUGCGAUCGAGGGUGAAAUGCGCAAGCGCGUGUGGUGGGGGUUAUAUGCCUGGGACAGGUUACUUGCGCUCGAGAUGGGGAAGCCGGUACUGAUCAACGACCAAGAUUGCGACAUUGAUCUUCCAUGCCCCGUCGAUGAGCAGUAUAUCAUAGAAGGAGGCAAGGUUCCUGACAGCCAGCAAACCACGCCGCUUCUAGCAACCAUCCACGUCGUCCGCUCGAUUGGCCAACUCACCCGCACCCUCCGCUCACCCACCAUCAGCCAAGCGACCCUCGAAACCUUCGAACUCCACUUCAACACCUGUCUUGCCACUUUCCCCUCCCAAUUCCACCCCAAAACCGACCAGGACCUCGACCCCCGCUCCCUCGCCCCGGUCAUCUACCUCCAAAACGCCCGCCUCCUCCUCCACCGCCACAACAUCUCCCCCUUCUGCCCGGACAUCACUCGUGCCUCGGCAAUGGACUAUUGCGUCUCUACAGCCCUUGACACCGCCAACAUCCUCGCCCGCUGCAUGCGCAACUACCCAACCCACCCAGGCCCCGGCAAUGACCCACGCACCCACUUCGCAUCCUGCGCCGGCUCCCUCCUCUGCACUCACAUUUGGCGCUGUAGUCUUCUCCUCCUCUUCCGUGCUGAAUUCGCCGGCGCCCUAGCCUGCGUCCAAGCCCUCGUCUCAAUCGGCGACGUCCGCACCGUUAAUGCCGCCUGCGGUCGCUACCUCGCCUUCUUCCUCCGACACCUCCUAGCCCGCAUCCGAGCCGAAGGCCACCUUCCCGAUCUCGACCGUGACGAGGAAAUGCUCGCCUACGUCUCCGCCGAUAUGCAAGGCACCACCGACGGAAGUUGGGUGUGGCAUGGCUCAGAGACCGGCUCACAGCUCGAAGGGGUGGGACAUCGCACGACGCCCAAUUCCGCCGGCCGACCUGAAGUUGAAUCCAAUGCUGAUUGGGAAGGUUGGGAGUGGAUUGAGAAAACGGUUCAGGAUCUGUUCACUGAACAGCAUCGCCGGGAGUAUCGUGAUACCCUUGGUGUUCCGAAGCAGGAUGGUUCUCUUGCCGCGGAACCGGCCUCUGACACAGACAGGCGGUCGAGUUCCGCUCAUUCACGCAUGACGAUUGCUAGCAUUAUUUAA